AUGUUUACCUUCAACCCCUUUUCCUUGGAACUUUCUUCUCUGUUUGACUCAUCAUCGCCGGUGACCGGAAACUUUGGUGGGGUGGUAUUUUCCGACGAGGAGGUGCUGCUGGCAGCAAGGAACCCGAAGAAGCGUGCAGGGAGGAAGAAGUACAAGGAGACUCGCCACCCUGUGUAUUGGGGCGUGAGGAGGAGGAAAUUAGAUAAGUGGGUUUGUGAAGUGAGAGAGCCAAACAAGAAGACAAGGAUUUGGCUAGGUACUUUUUCCACGGCGGAGAUGGCGGCGCGUGCACACGACGUGGCCGCCAUGGCUCUGAGGGGCAGGGAUGCUUGUCUUAACUUUGCCGACUCUGCAUGGCGGCUUCCUGUCCCUGCCACCGCCGAGGCUAAGGAUAUUCAGAGGACCGCGACAGAAGCAGCAGAGGCUUUCCGGCCACCGCGGAAUGAGAGUGUUGAGGCGGUGGCAACCACGGAGACAGUGUUGGAGAUGCCAGAGUUGUUGAGAAAUAUGGCGCUCAUGUCCCCAACACAUUCCUUGGAAUUUGAGUAUGAAUAUGCUGACGUGGAGGUUCAAGAUGUUGAGGUGUCAUUAUGGAAUUUUUCAAUUUAA